UUGAUUCAUUCAUAUUUGUAUCGAAUUUCAUAACGACAACAACACGUUUUAUUCAUUUGGAUUUAAUAUUUAUAAAACGAUGAAACUUCGACGAUCAUCAAGUUUUGAUUCAUUAUUCAAUGUUUCAAUGUUAUCAACAUCAUCAUCAUCAUCAACGACUACAACGUCAUCAUCAUCAUCAUCAAGAAUACCAGCCGUAUCAUCAUUGAUUCAUGAUACGAAUGAUGAACAUCAAUUAUCGAUCACAACAUUUACAGCAACAAAUAUGGAUAAUAAUGAUGAUAAUAAGAAUGGUACAGCAACAAUGAUGAUGACCAAUGAUGGCAAUAAUGAGAAUAAUGUCAAUAACAAUAACAAUGGCUUUAAUUAUUAUAAAACAUAUUGUGGACGAUCAAUGAUCGAUCAAACAACCCAGACGCCGGAAGAUUGGAGAACAAAUUCAUGUUCAAUAAUUGCUUCUGUUGUACAUCAUCAUCCAAAUGGCUACAAUGACCAACAUUAUCAACAAAAUCAUGUACUUAUGGUCAAUAAUAAUGAUGAUGAUGAUGAUAAGCAUUGUCAUCGCAGCAGCAGCAGCUGCCUAUUGUUAACCAUCAUACAAUGA